AAUAAUGAAACGGAUAGCAGGUAGAAAGGGAAGGAAGGAAUCAAUUGCGUUCACGCACGAACGUUUAUGUGCAGACAAAAGACGCACAUGCGCAUGCCGAACUGACUGACGAUCAGUUCACUGACGCUCAGUCAGUUGCGUGCAUCGUCGCGAUUUAGUCAUUACCAUGCUCGAUCAUUCAAAGUCGAACCCUAUCAAACUCCCAACGGGCGGUUGGAACUAUAGCAUUCAGAUGAAUCGCUGGUUUCUGAAACCGAUCGGCGUGUGGCCGUUGAAUCUCUGCGAAACCACGAUGGAAAAGAUCAGUUGCAUGAUCCUGGCGGUGAUCAGUUGUUUUCUGAUAUGUUUUCUGCUUAUCCCAUGCACCCUUUGUACCAUCCUGGUAGACUCUGAUCUCGACACUAAGAUCAGGAUGAUCGGUCCGGUUAGUUUCUUCCUGAUGGCCGCGGUCAAGCAGUACAUCCUAAUCGCCCGCAGUGAAAACAUGAGUGAAUGCUUUCGACAUAUCCGCAUGGACUGGAGUCGUGUCGCGAUGGGUCAUGAGAAAGAUCGUCAAGUAAUGGUGGACAAUGCCAAGUUCGGCCGCUGGCUCUCCUCAGUCAACGCGAUCUUCAUGUACUCGGCCGGUAUAUUUUUCACCACAGUGAUGCCGAUCUUCGCGAGAAAAACGGAGAUCAUCAACAACGAGACGGUGAGGAUGCUCUCCUUCCCCAUCUAUCGUGGCCUCUUCGACCCGCGGACCACACCGUCCUUCGAAAUAGCGCAGUUCACGCAAGCUCUAGCUGGUUACGUCCUUUACACGAUCACGAUCGGUGUGUGCAGUCUGGCAGCGGUAUUCGUCAUGCACGCUUGCGGUCAAUUCCGGAUACUCAUGCUGAAGAUGGAGGACCUCGCAGAUGGAAAGGAGAGAAAGAGCGCGAACAGCACGCACGAGCGAAGGCUUGGUGAUAUUGUUCAACAUCACAUGAGAAUACUUGGCUUUAUCACUCGCACCGAGGAGCUUUUAAACGAGCUUUGCCUCGUGGAUGUAGUCGGGUGUACGCUCAAUAUAUGCUUUCUGGGAUUCAAUAUGAUGACGGAAUGGGAACAUCGUGAAACGAUAGGAACAAUAACGUUCUCUUCGUUGCUCGUAUCCUUCACGUUCAACAUAUUUAUCUUUUGUUACAUCGGCGAACUCCUUGCUGAACAGUGCAUACAAGCCGGCAUGAAGUCUUACAUGAUAGAUUGGUAUCGUAUACCGAAUAGAGAUGCGCUCGGUUUGACAUUAGUAAUGUCCAUGUCCAAUGCCACGAUUAAACUCACAGCCGGAAAAUUUAUGGAUUUAUCCUUGGCCAGUUUUUGCAGCAUCAUGAAAGCUGCCUUGGCUUACCUGAAUUUACUUCGUACCUUUUACGUUUAAUACGAUGAUAUCAUCGUAACGGGAUGUAUUAUAGUAACGUGUUGAUGCUAAAGUAUAUUUAAUAACAUUUAGAUAUACGCUAGCAUAUUCGCUAAUAAAUCGUGUUACAUAAAUUAACGUUCACGUAAAUGUAAGCUUGAGAUAGAAUUAAAUUUAU